AUGUCCGCAAACAACCAGCUCGAGUUCAAGGACCUGGUCACUGUCGUGACCGGCGCUGGAAGCGGUAUCGGCAGGACUUACUCUCGAUUCUUUGCUGAGCGCGGUGCCAAGGUCGUUGUCAAUGACGUCUCUGCUGAGGCCGCUCAGAAGGUCGUCGAUGAGAUCAACAAGGCCGGUGGUAAAGCUGCCGUAGCCGCCGGGUCCGUCGCAGAAGGUCAAAAGAUCAUUGACCAAGCCGUCAAGGCGUUCGGGACCGUCCACAUCCUGAUCAACAAUGCUGGUAUUCUCCGCGACAAGGCGUUCAAGAACAUGACAGACCAGGACUUUGACCUUGUUACUCUGGUACACCUCAAAGGAGCGUACAGCUGCACCCGCGCAGCCUGGCCUAUCUUCAGGAAGCAGCAGUUCGGCCGAGUCAUCAACACCGCCUCCGCUGCCGGUCUGUACGGUAACAUGGGCCAGGCCAACUACUCUGCCGCCAAGAUGGGUCUUGUCGGUCUGACCCGCACGCUCGCGCGUGAAGGAGCCAAACACAACAUCAAGGUCAACGUCAUUGUUCCUAUUGCUGCGUCCGCUAUGACCGAGACGAUCAUGCCGCCAGAGAUGCUCAAGGGGCUCAAGCCGGAGUUUAUUGCUCCUCUUGUCGGUGUCUUGACCGCCAAGAAUGGCCCAGAUGUCAACGGCCGGAUCUUCGAGCUUGGGGCCGGCUUUGUCUCUGAGGUCAGGUACGAGCGGUCCAAAGGUGCCGUCUGGAAGAUCGACGACUCUUUCACCCCCUCCGCUCUGACACCUCGGGGCCUGCUCAAGAAGUCUAUGAACAGCUCCCCAUCCAAGCAAGUCUCGCCCGCCAUCGGGUUCAAGGACCAGGUCGUCAUCAUCACUGGAGCUGGCGCGGGUCUCGGUCGGAUCUACGCCUUGAUGUUCGCCAAGCUCGGCGCUAACGUCGUUAUCAACGACGUCAACAAGGAGAAUGCCGAGUCGGUCGUUGCCGAGUGCAAGAAGCUUGGCGUCAAGGCUGUCUCUGCCGUCUGCUCCGCUGAGGAUGGAGAUGCUAUCGUCAAGGCCGCUCUUGACGCUUUCGGCACCGUCCACGUCCUCGUCGCCAACGCUGGUCUCCUCCGGGACAAAAGUUUCCUCGGGAUGACGGAAGAGAUGUGGGACUUGGUCAUUGCUAUCCACCUGAAGGGCACGUAUAAGUGUGCCAAGGCCGUGUGGCCAGUCUUCCAGAAGCAGAAGUAUGGGCGUAUUAUCACAACUGCCUCGCCUAACGGUCUCUACGGUACCAUCGGCCAAUCCAACUACUCGACCGCCAAGGCCGCCAUCAUGGGUCUCACUCGCACACUUGCCAUCGAGGGUGCUCGUGCCAACAUCAACGUCAACUGCAUUGCUCCUCGUGCUGGUACGGCAAUGACAGCGACGGUCUGGCCCAAAGAGAUGCUGGAGGCGAUGAAGCCGGACUUUGUUGCUCCUUUUGUCGGGUACUUGGCGUCCGACCAGUGCAAGGAUUCCGGGACUGUCCACGAGGUCUUUGGUGGAUACGCAGCCAAGAUCAGGUGGCAACGUACCUACGGUGCGGUGUUCCCCAACGACAAGGAGCUCAAGCCCGAGGCUAUCAUGUCUCGAUGGAAGGAGAUCACUACCUUUGACGCCCGCGCGACCCACCCCGCUUCCGGCCGCGAAGCUCUCGAGCAGAUCAUCAACAACAUGGAGAAUGUCAGCUCUGGCGGCGAUUCGUCCAGCUCGGACAGCUACGAGGACGCAGAAGACACCGACGCCAUCAAGGAUGCCAAGAAGAACAUGCCGCAGCCUACCGAGGACUUCACCUACACUGAGCGUGAUGUCCUGCUGUACAACCUGGGUAUCGGGGCGAAGGCGGCGGAUCUCAAGUGGGUGUACGAGAACGCGGAUGGGUUCGAGGCUCUUCCCACUUUUGGUGUCAUCCCUCAAUUCGGCUCGUCCUCGGGUCUCAGCUUUGACUCGAUCGUCCCCAACUUCAAUCCCGCCAAGCUCCUCCACGGCGAGCAGUAUCUCCAGCUCAAGAAGACCCCCAUUCCUACCUCCGGGACACUCAGCAACACGGUCAAGCUCCGCGAGGUCCUCGACAAGGGCAAAACGGCUAUGGUGACUGUCCAGGUGACGACGAAGGACAAGGCGAGCGGCGAGGUGGUCUUCAUCAACGAAUCUACUGUCGUCCUCCGGGGGAGCGGAGGUUUCGGCGGAAAGAAGAAUGGAGCGGACCGAGGCAAUGCGACUGCUCUCAACGAGAAGCCCAAGCGCCAGCCCGACGCGGUGGUCGAGGAGAAGACUACGCUUGAGCAGGCGGCUCUAUAUCGUCUCUCGGGCGAUUACAAUCCUCUGCACCUCGACCCAAACUUUGCCAGCAUCGGUGGAUUCCCCAAGCCUAUCCUCCACGGUCUCUGCUCCAUGGGUAUCGCCAGCAAGCACGUACUCCAGACCUUCGGCGCCUACUCGGACAUCAAGGUUCGCUUUGCGGGCGUUGUGAUUCCUGGCCAGACGAUCGUCACGGAGAUGUGGAAGGAAGGGGACAAGGUCAUCUUUGCUGCGAAGGUCAAGGAGACGGGCGCGCCAGCUAUCAGCAAUGCGGCGGUCACUCUUGUCAGCGGGGACAAGGGCAAGUCGAAGCUCUGA